UGUUGUGUGUGGUUGUGUGUACUUCUCUUUUUGUCUCUCUCCAGACCCUGGGUACGAGGUUGGUCUCUCUCUUGAUGGUCAAAAGGUUGAAUUAUGUUACCAAGGCAUUUUAAACACGGUUCACAUCGGAACUUCUAUAAGCAAACAUCGCAAAUUCCUCAUAAUAAUCAAGAAAGAUGUAUGCCCUCAAGACCUCAAAGACCUUAUACAAUAAGAAUGGAAAUCGAAGGGUCACCUGAGCAAGCCAGAGGGGUGCAAGUCACCUACACUAAUGAUCCUAUAGAGACUGACGCAUGGUUGAGAAACAAUAUCAUGGAUACUGACUGUAGGGCCAUUGGCUUCGACAUGGAAUGGAGACCGCAGUUUGUGAAAAAGAAACUGGGGGGCAAGGAAAACAAAACAGCCGUAUUGCAAUUGUCAACUGAAACAGACAGCCUGGUGUGUCAUUUAAAACAUGUAAAGCCCCUCCCUCGUUAUCUCCCUGAAGUUUUAGCCAAUGAGAACAUUCGUAAAGUGGGAUGUGGUAUCCGCCCUGAUGUGAUCAAACUGUUAAAGGACACAGGUCUACAAUGUAAAGGGGCUGUUGACCUAGCCGAGUUAGCCAAAAUAUCAGGCUACACAAAAGAGCAUGGUCAGGGCCUGAAAACAUUAGCUAACAAUUUGUUAGGAUUAGAAUUGAAUAAGCCAAAAAGUGUGAAGUUGAGUAAUUGGGAAAAGCUACCCCUGAAACAAGGUCAAAUCCGCUAUGCUGCAUUAGAUGCAUGGGUUGGCAUUAAGUUGUAUUUACACAUGCUAAAAACAAUGGACAAUAAGGCAAAUGUAAAAUCAGAAGUCGAUGGUUUGUUCAAUGUCGAGCCAAGUGACCUUGUUGUUGUACAUUGUAAUGUUUGUGGUAAGAAGUGUAAAGGCGAUCGUAAGUUGCAGGAACACUUGGCUAAUGCAGGCCAUAGUAAGUGUCCUAAAUGUGGCAUGAUGUUUGUGUUCUCUGUGACUAGAAAGCACCAUAAAAAGUGCAUUGGUCCUUAAGACAAUUCUUCUCAAAUGGAAAGUUUUAAAAUUGUACAAUAGUUAUUUUAACUUCAGUAUCAUUAUUUACUUCAUUAAAAACUGUA